AUGAGCAAUCAACAACCGCAAGAAGAACAACAACAACAACAGCAAGUGGACAGCACUCCUCCACCUCGAGAAGAAGACGAAGAAGAAGAAAAGUCCGAAACACCUCCACAAGCGUACGACCCCGAACGCGUCUACACGCCCGAACAACUCGAAGUACUCAACGUCCUGGUCCAUCCCAUUUGGAUAUUUGACUUUUGUGAUCGUCGCAUGCGAUGGGCCAAUGAAGCGGGCUUGGAAAUGUGGAAUGCCAGUUCCUUGGAGGAACUACAGAAUCGAGAUUUCAACGACAUUUCCGGUGCGGCCGCCAAACGCAUGGAAGACUUUCUCGUCCAAUGCGAUCUCGGUCUCAACAUGACCGAACAAUGGACCAUGUAUCCCAAAGGCAAGGCCGUCACGGUACACAUCUCGGUCUCGCUGGCAUCAGGAGAGCUUCAUCCGUCCAUUCUCCCUUUUUCAGUUCAGGGUCUAGGUGAUUGA